UGUAGAUGGUGGACAGGCUUUGGGGAGUCAGGAGGUUGGGCCUGGUGUAAUCAAACAGCUUCUGAUGUGAAUCCUACCCUUACAAUGGAAGCAGAGAAAUCUUUAUGUGCAUCGGGGAGGCAAAUGAACUGCACAGAAAUUCCCCAGACAGGACACUUCACUAAAUGUCCAAAGGAGUUGAUGAGUUACUGUAUUGAAGGAGAAUGUCGGUUUAUGCAGUCUGAAAAUAAACCAUCGUGUGUGUGUAAAUUUGGCUAUGUUGGCUCCCGAUGUGAAUUUCUGGAUGUAUUCUAUCGAACCGGAAAACGGGAUCAGUUCAUCGUCGUGGGGCUGGUUCUGGCCAUUCUGCUGCUCACGAUUGCAAUAAUAGUCAUCUGUUUUUGUGUGCAUCGGUUCCGCAGGAAACACAAAGCUCACAAGAAGAGGCGUGAAGAAGCUGAAAUCCUCAGCUCCAAGCCACUGGAUGGGAAAGACUCACGAGGUGAAGGUGAAGACACUGCAAUGACCACUCUAGCUUGAAAUCGAUCUGGAUGGGUUUGAGGCACCUGCAGGCACAGUGUACCUUCCAACACGGCAGAGCACGCCAGCUUCCCGUUAGGCAGCAGACUUUAACCUGAACGGACACUGGAUUAAAGUUAGGAAAAAGAAUGAAAAUGUUACUCACUAUAUUUUAACUACAAUAACAAUUAUCGACAACUUGUCCGAAACCUGUUUGACUGCACUGUGUUUCUGAAAUGGUGCUGAAAAGAUUUCACAUCACAAACUGGGAAAUUAUUUUAGCGUAUAAGCUGGACACUAACAGGGAAGGACUGAGAGAUUAAUUCACAGUUCUAGACUAUUCUUCAAACAGACUUACACAUUGAGACCCUUUUCUCCAAGAACACUUCAUCUGUUCUUACAGUGUGAUAAAUGUGGAAUUGACAUGUCAGAGAAAGUAAAAUAGAAGGUUCCUUUAAAAACCCUGGGACACAUGGGGAGACCGAACAGUUUCUCUCCAGUCCAGCAGAGAAGAGAAAAUAGUUUGAAAUGAAAGAUGCUGUAUUUUAUGACCAUCACUGGUCUUUGUGUUUUAAUUCCAUUAAAUGUUUCAGAUCCAGGAUUAAAAUUGUGAAUUAUGAUAAACAUUGCUUCUACAGCACAAAAAAAUACACUGAUUGUUGCACAUAUGAGUUCAGAAAUCACUUUCCUUUCAUAAAAUGAAUCUUUUUUUUUGUUAAUGUUGCUAUUUAUGAAUGCUGCUAAAAGGUGUUACUGAUGUAGACUGUGUAACCACCAGGAAGUUGGCUGGUUCAGUGUUCUGUGAUCAGUUUAUCAGAGCUGAGUGACACGGUGUGUGAGUAUUAAAGGGGUUAUACUUUCUUCCUUACUGUUUUUGCAGCAGUAGUUGGGAAUGCUGAAAAUGAAAUGAAUGUGUUUUUUGGAAAUGUUGCAUUUAUUUGUUAUUUAAUAAAUGUGUGCCAUUUAUGACCUAA